AUGAUAGAGUACUUUUCAUAUGGUUUCCACUAAUAAAUCGGAAAAGGAUUUAGUAGUAAAAUAUAAAAACGAUAAAAUUAAAUGACAGGAGAAACAGUAGCUAUUUAAGGAAUUGAUAAAGCACUUCUUAAAUUUUAGCAAGUGAAAUAAAAUCAUUAAGCAUUCUUGAUAGUAAAUAAAUAGACUGUAUAAAGUAAUGGUAUACUUUAAAUCUCGGUAUUUUAAACAUAAAAUUAUAAUUAUUUAAUUACAGAAUUUUGUGAGGAGAUUUAGUUCCUAAAUUAAAUAAAAUUGGAAAGCUUUCCAAAUAAUAAACUUAGAACAUUAUUUUUGGAUUAGUUUAAGCGUAUUAAUUUUUAAAAUAGAAUGGAAUUAUACAUAAAGAAAUCAAACCAUCAAAUGUGUUAUUAUCGCUAUGAGGAAUUUCUAUAUUUGCAGAUUUUGCUUUUGCUACAUUAAAUUUAAUAAGUUUUGUACUUGUUUCAGCUAAUUAUUAAAUUUCUUAACUAAUAUGUUUUGUUUAUAAUCCCUAAGGUAUAAUCAUUUAGGUUUUCUGCUUUUUUUUUGCUUCUAUGUAUUUAGUCAAGCACUUUUUUCCUUUCCUUCUUUAAAAAAGUAGGUUGA